UGGAAUUCCUAGGAAUUCCAAGUCCUGUUGGCUAUAAACUUGGAAUUUCUGGGAAUUUUUAGGAAUUUCUAGGUUUUUAGAACCAGAGUUGUUAUGGUUGGGAAUUCCUAGGAAAAAAUUCCUAGGAAUUCCAAAAGCCAUUUCGCAAGGGUACUCCAUCUAACACUGAUUUUUCAUCAAAACUAAACAAAACUUGCCUGCAGUAAUAAAUCAUGUCUGGUGUGGUCAGUUUUCGAGUUCCAUUGAAAUAAAUUGCUUGAAAUUCUGGAAAAUAUGAAGCAGAAAAUUUUUUGAUUUCUCAAAGUAAAGACUACUACCAGCCAUUAAUUUGGCUUCCAUUGAAUGUGAUUAUGUACAAGGGCUAGAAACGCAAUGUUUUCAUGAGCUUACUAUGGGAUCUAGUGAAACUUUGCUAAUUUACUGGUUUAGCUCGUUUACUUGCAAGGAGAGACUGACUUUCAUAUGACUUGUGUAAAAGUGAGUUUUUGACUGAAAAAACGAGAAGAGCUUAACAUGGUUUAGACUGCUGAUUGUUGUUACACCUUUUUACCUUGAAGUUCACUCAUAUACCUAUACCAAUAGUGUAAUUAACGGAUUACUUGCAACAAGUGCUAACCCUUCUUCUCCCAAGAUUGGACUGUUAAUUGUCCCCUCUUGCUGCCACAUAUUUCUUUGUAGAUUAGUUACAAGAAUUUGGUGUUAGAUCAAGUUUAAAACUUCUACGUUAUAAGUUUUGGUAUUCUUAUUACCUGUUUUCUGGAUAAAGUGUGGAUUAUAGGAGAGAAGUUACAUGUGAAUAACUUUUGGGAUUUCCAUGUAUGGGGUUAAGGCAAUCAGAUUACCCUCCUUGUAUGGUGAUGGUGUCUAGUUCAUGACAUCUUGUAUGUUUCUUUCAGAAAAACUUCAGAAAAGGACAUUUGAUUUAGUAUCCAAUGCAUACACCUCUAUCAGAGCAGAAGACUUGGCUAAACUAAUGGGGAUAACAAGGGAAGCUGCUUUGAGUGCUGUUACCAGUGGAUGGAUUAGUGAUCCAGCCACAGGAAUGAUUACUCCCAAGAAGACAGAGCUUCCACAGAAAGAGAUUCCACUCACAAGUGAACAGGAACUUGCACUAUUGACAGAUUAUGUGUCAUUUUUAGAAAAUUAACUUAAACUUGAAAAGCAGUGAUACAUUUUAAAUAUAACUUGUAUCAUCUGAGAACUAGCAUUCUAAAUGUAAAUAACUUCAUUAAGACCAAAGUUUGUUGUAGUUUACGGACUCAAAGAUGACUUUGUAUCCAGUAAGAAAAUGUAGGCAACAUGCUUACACAUGAAGGUAGCAAUUAUGGCCUUGGUCACUGGAGAGUCUCUGUGUCUCAGUGUUAGAAUGUGGGAGUGUGGGAUUUGCAAAGACCAAAAACAGGAAAAUGAAGAUACACAAGAAGUCAGUCAUACAACAUAAGCCAACUGAAUGAUAGAAGAGUCUUAGGCAAUCACCAAUUUACAAAACAAACUAAAUAUGUGGGACACAAGCCACAAACUUUUUGCUAUUACCAAUUUACAACACUUGCUAUCAACAAUCACCAACAACAUCAAUGGCAAUAAUUUUUGGAGAAAAAAAUUGGCCUGUCCAGGAUCAAUUACAAAUAAAAAUUGUGUUGGACUGUUGGGGUGAACUAACUCGAACACCACAAACAGACGGGAGGCACCAAGAGUCUGAUCAAGAACUGAUUUUUUUAACGGGCGACUGUCACUCUUUUCUUAAUGACUCUUUCAGCCCAGGCCUUAGUACACUCUUUAAAAUCCUAUUGGUAGGCAUGUGUGGGCUUACCAGACAAGUGACCUUGCCAGAUUAAACGUAUUUUUAGAACACCAACCCGAACGAUUUCAACAGACUUUCGAAAUCAGAGAACAACAAAAUACUCGAGAAACAAUUGACUUCAAUAACUAAAAACCUAAACAAGAUCUCCAGUGGAGGACUCUAAGCAAGGUGAAUAGAUAAUCCUAAACACACUGUGUUUGGGAUUGUCUGCUUGCGGACCUCCAGUGGCGAUUAUUGUCCGAGAACAAAGCCCCAUCAUGAUGGUCCAGGUAAAAUCACUCGGAAAGCAAAACUACAUAUAUUGUGUGGUCCUGCAUCACAUUAUCAAACAAGGCUAGCAAGACUCGAGAUUAUCUAACAGGCCGAAACAAUUCCCAAAUGCUUAACCAAAACAUUUGUAAUUUCAGCAGUUCAUAUAAAUUUACACGAAGUGACGUUUGAAGAGUGUUCCACCUGUUGUCAGUUAAUAUUAAAAAAAAAAAAAAACGGAAAAAUGUAUUCCCUCUAUUAAUUUAGCAGAAUGUAAAUUAGCCAUUAGGUUUUUUCGGCAUGGUGAGAACGCUGGACAUUUUCAUUAAUUUCAUUGCUAAACAACAAAUGUCAAUUUUAACUAGAUGCAUAACUGCGUGAACUCGGGCUUACUUAGGGUGUGUUUAAAUUAGCAAUUUUUGUGGCGAUUUUCAAAAAUUUAGUUAAUUUUGUCUUACAGCUUUAGCUGAACAUCUUAUAAACUGAAUUUUGUAAUAUCCUCCAGCGUUAUGCAAUUUUUGAAUGCUGUUGAUGGUUGCAACAAGAGAAACAGUGCUAUUUAGUUUUAGUAUAUUCAUCUAGAGGCAGUUGACUCUCAUUAAAUAGCA